AUGUUUCAGGUUUGUUUCCACAGCUGUAUAUCAGCCUUUACACUGGAAACUAGAAACCUGCCUUACGAUGAGACCCACUAUGAGUAUGUGCGUGAUCGCCUGCAAUGGAACAAUGCAGGGGAAAUGUGUAACCAGCGCUCUGGGGCCUUAGCCACUGUCUCCAACCCAGAAGAGACGCAAGAGCUAUCCAGCUUUUUAAAAUCCUUGAACAUCUCUCAGCCUGUUUGGAUUGCCAGGAAGGUCACAACAAUUGUAACAAGUAGGUUCAGAUCCUCCGAGACCCUGAUUCUGGAGUUUACCGGGCGCUCGGACAGGAAGCAUGCCCGUCUCCGGCACAAGUUCCCCUCCAUGGACUCAGUGACUGUUUGCACCCGUCUCCGCUUUGAUCCAAAUUGCUUUGGAAUUUCCACAAUUUUUUCCUAUUCCAUCCAGUCAUAUAUAAAUGAGUUCCAGCUCCGCGCCAACCUGAUCCAGGGCAAGCUUGUGCAGCUGGCUUUGCUGGUCCAUGGCAUUCAUGGACCGUACCAAGAAGCCUUCUACCACGACGACUCCUGGCACUCGGUGUGCGUUUCUUGGAGCCAGAAUGGUGGACACUGGGCACUAUUUACUGAUGGCCUUGCGAUCUUUGAGGGUGAUGGCCUAAGUUCUAACAGCAUUGGCCCUGAUGGCCUUUUUAUUAUUGGACAGGAACAGGACACCUUUGGAGGUUCAUUUAAGAAGGAUGAGUCAUUCUCAGGGAGCAUCACAGAGCUGCACAUAUGGGAUCGGAUACUGAACGGCAGCGAAAUCUACACCAUGGAAAAGGAGUGUUCACCCGUUUCCUCUGGGCUGGUAUUCAAGUGGAGUAGAGAGGCCUUGGAAAUAGAGUCCUCCCUUAAAAAGCUGCGGAGAGACAUCCAAUGUCAAGGAAACUUCACCGUGUUAGAACAUUCGAUCUUGGAUUCCCUCCUGGACGGAAAUUAUUUGCAGAAUCAAACAUUCUCCUUCGAGAUGUUCCAAAGCCCCGAGUCUGAUGAUGAGUGUGGCUUCUUUGACCCUGUCAUUGGGAACUGGGACCUAGCCAAGUGUGACUCAUUCAAAGGUGCCGUCUGCCAGUUUAAGAGAGAAGUGCCGGAUGUUAUCAGUUUACCAAAGACACCAUUCUUCAGUCGAAUGAGCAAGGAUCUUCCCACCAAACCUGUGACGGUGGAGCUGAGUGAUGACACCUCCUUGGACAGAGAUCUGGCCUCGCUGCAGCAGCUGACCCAGGCUGUGCUGCAUGCGGUGGAGGCCGGUGGCUCUCACCUCCUCACCUCCAGUGAUGUCCUCUACCUCACCCAGAUGAUUGAGACGGACUUGACUGCAUUGGCCAGUUCUCACUCUGCUGGAGUUGAUGCAGCAGAGGUCAUGAUGUCCAUUGCUACCAACUACGUAAAGGUGGCGAGUUUGAUGCUGGAGCCCCACAUGGCUACACUAUGGAUGGGCUUGACAGAAGAAGGGGUCAGCGUGGGACCAUUCACUAUUGUCCAGAGCAUUGACACUCUGACUGAAACUCUUGCAGACAUUCUAUCUGCUGAGAAAAGAGGAUUCACCCUUUCUACCAAGAACAUAGAUGUGUACAUGAAGUGGCAGAAACUGACUGAAGAGAGCUGUAGUCAAGUUUUCAAGCCAUCUGCAGUCAGUUCUCACACUGGCAGCAGCAGCAGCAGCAGCAGUAGCAGCAGCAGCAGUAGUCAGGAUGAGUUGCUUAUCCCUGACACUGAGCUCCAGAGGAUAUACACACUGGGAUAUGAAGAAGUGAUGUUUAUUCAUACCCAAUACAGCCAUCUAAGUGAGAUUGUGUCGGGAGCACAGGAGCCACCACAGAGUCACCAAGAGAAAGUAAAAAGAAUUUUCUCAGGUCACCUGGCUUCUGUUGUCAUAUCAGCCACCGUCCGUGAUGCCUCCAAGGCUCAAAGCAUCCCCGUGGCCGUCAAGUACACCCUUUCUUCAUCACACGUGGUGGAGUAUUUACAGCGAGUUACUCCUGUGUGUGCCUUUUGGAAUUUCAGCUUAAUACAUAAUCAUACCAGUAGCUGGUCCAGUGAUGGUUGCAGAGUGACCUUUGCCGGCUCUGGUGUCACUUCCUGUCUAUGUAACCACACCACCAACUUUGCAGUGCUGAUGAAUUACCUGGAGUCGAAGUGGAGUCCUGAGGAGCAGCUUAUUUUGACCAAGCUGACGUUCAUCGGCUCUGGUGCGUCUCUGUGUGCAUUGGUGGUGACCUUGAUGCUGUUCACUGUGCUAGAUAUCCCCAAAUCUGACAGGACGUCCAUCCAUAAGAACCUGUUCAUUGCUCUGAUCUGCGCCCAGGUGAUUCUGCUCUGCAGCGGCUCAGCCAUUCACAACAAGGUGGCGUGCACACUUGUGGCGGCACUGCUCCAUCUCUUCUUCAUGGCAGCAUUUAGCUGGAUGCUGGUGGAGGGUCUGCUGCUCUGGAGCAAGGUGGUCGCAGUCAACCUAAGCGAGGAGCGUCACAUGAAGUACUACUAUCUCAUCGGCUGGGGUCUGCCGGUGCUGAUAGUCACCAUCACGCUUGCAUCAGCCUCAGGCAAAUACUCGGCCGACGGCUACUGUUGGCUCAGUGUCCAGAAUGGCGUUAUCUGGGGCUUUGCUGGGCCCGUCAUCUUCAUCAUCAUGGUGAAUAUCUUGGUACUGACCAGGGUGGUGGUUAUCACCAUCUCCACAGCCAAGAGAAGGUCCAUCAUGUUGGCCAUGGGCACCAGUCCUGUGGAACAAGCCUAUGAGCAAAUCAGGGCUGCAGUGAAAGCAGUGUUGGUGUUGCUGCCAAUCCUCGGAUUGACAUGGCUGUGUGGUGUCUUGGUGCCUUUCUCCAUUGUCAUGGCUUACAUCUUCAUCUUCCUCAACUCCCUGCAGGGGAUUUUUCUUUUUUGUCGGUCCUGUAUCUCAGUUUCUACAAAAUGGUAUUGGUACUACUAG